AUGCCCUCAACCGGGAUUACACCGCUUGGGCCGUUAUAUCGAAGUCAGCCUUUCCACCCCACCCACCGGUCACCAACCCCUCCUACGGCGAACGGCGACACGGGCCGGGAUGGCCCCCCGCCAACCUCGCCCCCCUCGUCCAUACUUCAGCCCCAUCCGUCCUAUUGGAAUUCCUACCGCGCGGCCCCCUUAGCGGCCUCGCCCGGGGGGGCUUUCGAUCCAAAUUCCCCACCGCCGGCCCCCGAACGGGCGCGAAAAUCCACCGCCGCGGCGGAGGCCGCCCAACUUCGGGCGCAGGUCCGCCUGCUCGAGCGCGAAGUCCACGAACUACGCCAGGGCCUCGCGCAGAAUGCGGCGAUGGGCCGGCGGCCUUCCCAGCCGGGCGGGAUCGGCGGGAUUCCCGCCACCCCUCGCCCCCGAAGUGCCCCCAAGGCGAGGCCGGCGAUCGUCUUCAAUCGCAGGGUCGUAGACCCGUUUCUGGAAAUCCGAAACGGCCCCAUCGCCCAGGCUAAGCCGUGCGGAAGCCGGAGGGAGGGCUGGGGUCCUACUGGUGGUAAAGCCGGCCGUCAGUUCGAGAGUAAACCACCGCCAUCCGCGCCUCCGGCGGCCGCGACGUGGAAGAGGGCGGAUCGCGCGGUGGUCGAGGUUCCGUUAUUCGCCCAUAGUCCUGAGAUGCCUCCGCAGGGGCAGACGCUACUCCCGAACUCCUCGGCGAGUUGCCAGGCCGUCAACGAGCCCCAGCUUCCCACCCCUCACAACGCCCCGGAGGUUUCGUUUUCUCCGCUUUCCCUGACUUCCAAUAAGGAUCCUAAUACACAAUCGACUGAUGUGAAGGCGCCCUUGACAACCGGCGCCGAGGCCCCGGGGAAAAGCUCGACGAUGCUCCACCCGAGUGGGACCUGGUCCUCUUUGGCCUAUCCCACGCAGCCUGCCAGCGAGGCGGGGGCGAUCCUCGAGCCUCCCCCGCCGUCGGCCCCGGGGGAAAUCGCCGCCGCCGUAAAAGUCGACCCCGUCCCCCUUUCCUCCGCGCACCAAACCGCACUGCAGUAUUUAGUCCAUGAGCUGGCGGAAUCCCGCGAACAACUCACGGCGAUGCGGCGGACCGCGGAGGAGCAAAAUGGGCUUCGCGCUCAACAUGAACUCCGCCUGAAUGCGCUCACGGCGGAGGUGGCGCAGUUGAAAUCCCAGCUCAAGGCGGCCCAGGACGAGAUCGGGGCCCUUCUUCAGCGUCCUCACACCCACACAACAACCACCACGAACGGGGGUUCUAUCGGGAACGAAGUCCAGCCACUCCUCACGGGGGAUGGGGCGAACCCGACGCCCGCAUCCCAAAAUUGCCCGCAGCGCCAAACGCCUAAUUCAGGCGAAACCGAACAUAGCGCCCUUCAUCGCAUGCAAUCGAAGGCUUUGUCCGAGGCGCAAGCCCAAGUAAAGCAGACCAAUGAGCAGAUCAGCGUGCUUUCAAAAAAACUCGCCGCAUGGGAGUCGUGGUACGCCAAGCAGCCUCCGAAAUCCGAUGACUCGCCUCAAAAAAAACGAACCUUCACGGAAAGGAAAAAUCAAACGGAUACCAUAUUGUCUAAAGACAAUGCUAAGCCGCGCGCUCCGCGAAGCCAUCCAAAAGACACCACCACCAUCUCAUUUCCCGAAGACUUGACGUGGCCGGUGUGUGAUGGGGAUGGCAAGCCGACCCCGUACGGCUUACCCAACUAUCCCCACAACAGAGCAACACCACGCGCCUUUUCAGAGCGAAAAGAAAAAAAUCACGGCCAUAGAAAAACUGAGGCCGAUUAUGCCGCCUACUCUAACAUUCAUUUUACGGAUGCAUUGGCCGGUUUUCACCCACACCGGGCCUCGGAUGAGACAUCCAUGCACAUUGAGCCUUUAGUUCUCGUGGAGGAAAACAUUUCCGAGCUUGAUCGCAACGUGAUGGAGCUCAUCGCCAAAAAGCGCGCCAUACGUGAGUUGUCUUCGGAAGGGCAAAAGUUGGCCGAAGCUCGACUGAGGGCUGUACUUCUGGCAGAGCGACGUCGGGCAAACCUGAGCUACGUGAACCGAGAUGAGGAUAAUGAAAGUGUCUCCACAGGAAACCUGAGCAAUAAUGAGGGCAUCGAUUCGCAAUGUAUUUCAAAGCCACCCAUUGAGAUUUAUCUCAGUACGAGCAAUGAUUGA